AUGACACUCUCUAAGCUUGCCGUCGCGGCCCUCAUUGGCCUCAGCAGCGCGGCGAUUCCAGCUGGGCAGCCAAGCAAACGUCAAUUCUCUCUGCCGCCACUCAUCCCAUCGAUUCCUGGCGUCACUGAGCUUCUCAAUGACGUCGCACCACCGCUCCCUAUCCUGCAGAUUCCUACUCCGGCAUUGCCAUCUCCACCUUGGAACGGCAGCAACAUCAAGCCCAAGAAGAUUGGCUACUUCUGGACUGGUGCUGGUGAUAACAAGCAUGCUGACUUCUUGGCAUCGUACAGUCUGGACGAUGAUACUUUUGGAACUCUGUUGAGAGUGGUAGACGUGCCAACUUCUGGCAACAGCCCUCAUCAUCUUGGUGUAUCGAAGGAUGGCAAGACACUAUGGGGUGGCGGGUUAUUGUCUUUGUUGAAGACGCAAGAUAUAGGGUUCUAUUGGGAUGUUUCCAACCCAUACGAGCCGAAGUAUACCAAAUCUGAUCGUGCUUUGUUAGCUUCCAUCGCAGACGAGGUUGUAGCCAAGCCGAAUGGCGGAUUCUUCAUCACCUAUAUGGGCUCCGCCGUUGGCACAGCCCCUGGUCGCCUCAUUGAGACCGACGAAGAUUAUAACAUCAUUCACCAGUGGCCGGAAGAUGUCGAGGGCACUCUGAACAUCCUCGGCGACCAGUUCUCGCCACACGGUCUCAGUAUCGACUUCGAUCGUGGCCACAUCCUUACUUCAGACUUCGUUGUACCCAUCACGGUACUCAAGCCAUCAGCUGGAAUCCAGCGCGCCGACAUGCUUCGUCUCUGGGAUCUCAAGUCUCGAAAGAUCACCAACACUAUCAAAAUUCCCGAUGGUGGCGGCAUCCAGGACGUAAAGUUCAUCCCGGGUAACAAAGAAGGCGCUGCAAUCGCCACCGCUGUUCACCUUGGUCAAGUCUGGAUCAUUUAUCCAGAGCGUCGCGAUGAGAAUGGCAACCCCGGCCGCGCUGAGCUUCUUUAUGAUCUUGGGCCAAAGGCUCGAGAUACCACAGCCAUCUACUCAGACAUUACCAAAGACGGCAGGUUCGCAUACUUUACCCUUACCACGGCAGACCACAUCGCUGCUCUCGACAUCUCCGAUUUGGACAAUUUCAAGCGUCUCGAUGAUCCAGAUGAGGUGCAGCCCACUGUGGGCCCACAUUACCUUAAGUUAGCACCGGAUCAGAAGCACUUGCUAGUGUCCGACUACUUUGUCCAGACUGGUGACAUCGGCAUUCUCAACACUCCAGCCGAUUUCAAGGCGCUCUGGAUUGAUCUGAACGACGAUGGCUCGCUUAGCUUCAACAGGUCCAUCAAUUCUCCACAGGAGUUCCCACUCCGUGGUGGUGCGAGGCCACACUCAUCUGUCGUAUUCGACCUCACGGAUAAGGACAAGCCCGUGUACUACUGA